AUGAACUCGCGAAUAGUCCCUCAAAUAUUGGAUCCGCUCAAUUCAUCAACGCUGAACAAACUUCACGAACCGACCCCUCCACCAACAAAGAAACGAAAGAGAAACGACGAACAGGAAGGGCAUAAUGCUGCUGGACAGCUUGCUACCUCCUCGAUCGUUAUUAGAGCUCACGCAGCGUCCCUAUCUGAUGAACCCUUAAUUCUCGAGCCAAUAACAGCACUUCCACGCCAUAAUUUCCCUCUCUCGUGGCUCGACGACACGCCCGCCUCCCGGUCUGAUGAACAGCCAAGCGGCCUAUUCACUGCAAAUAUUCCCACCCUGGAGGUUGAUCUCCGCGCAAAAUCCGAACCAACAGUCCUCGCUGUACGUCUAGUGGCUAAUGGUGGACUCUACAUCGUUGAGCGGGUGAAGCGAGGUAUCUACUCGCUCUCCAAACUCGCGCGGUGGGUACACGAGGGAAACCUUGUUGUUGCGGCGAAGGGGUGGCAUGCAACCGACCCAACAGAGGCGGACGGUUUCAUGGCCGUCGACGAGCCGAGGGUUGUUUCUGACGACUAUGACUGGUGGCAGGCCGCGCAGAUCGAGGAGCCAUUAUCGGAGAUCGGAGUGCGGGAAAAGCCUACGGGGCUCAGCGUUGCGCUUGUCUUUGGUCCGUCUGAUGAAGACUUCCAGAGCACUGAGCCCUCCUUUAUGGGUGUCGUAGAGCAUCGCAGUCAGUCGCUUGCUCCGUUGAGAAGUUUCGAUGCUGCCAACGGGGAUCCAUUCUUGCUUCCCGAAUCUCAGGGCUUGGGCGACGUUGCUGAGGCUAUGGAAGUCGAUGGUGUAGAACCUAAUAUCGCGGAUGUGCAGCAGUCGCCCGAGGAGCUGCUGGAUGGAAUGCGAGACCAUUAUCUACAGGCUCUCUACGUUUCGAAGACUUCUGUGGCAUACUUCGCGAAGGGGCCGUUAACGCGCUGUCGGACUGCUUUCCAAGCCCGUGACUCAGAGCAGCCCCAAGGAUCAGUCGAGCUGACUGGAUUUUACCGUGAAGCUAUCCUCGCUGCCAAAAAAAUGGAUCUCAAAUACAGGGAAUCAUUGCCUACGGUAGUGCGAGAUGCAGCGCUUGCUAUCUCUGACGAUGGCGCUAAACCCAAGAAGCGAAAUAGUAAGAAAAAGAAGCUCGGCAAAAAUGGUCUUUAUCCCGAGGAGGAAGGUUUCAUCCACAAAUGGUGGAAAGACAGGACCACGAAUGAUACUGCGCAAGAGCUUUCGCGCGAAGCAGAGUCCAAAAAGCAAAUAUCGGAUCUUCGGUUACGCGAAACACAAUUGCAGAUACUGCUGGUUCUAGAAGUCAUGGUGCUAGAAAUGGCCAUCGCAUCAGCAGAAAAGAACAAUCCUGAUAAGGAGAAAGAGGUAGAUGGCGCUAAAGAGACGCCAAAGAAAAACAAGCCCAAGAAGCUUGCGGAUUUGAACGUGCUUCUUGAAUUGCAUCUUGACCGAAUGUGCAUAUGGCACGCUGUGAGCAUGGAGGAGACAACUGCUGCUGACACAGCUAAGGCUUCCUCGUUCAGUAACAACCAUUCGUCCGGCAAGAAACUUGAGAGUGAUGCAGUGCGUGAUUUCUGCACAGAAGUAAUCAUUCCAUUCUAUUCAGCACGCCUUCCAGAUAAGUGCAAGUUGAUCACGCGCAAAUUCGGUGUAUCCGGUGGUAUUUCUUCCGUUGCUAAGAGGACACAAUCUUCGAGUAAAUUGCAUCGCGUGGAACCUGGGGCUGAGGUCAAACGGCUGCCGCCGGCACAGAAGCCUCGGCGAACAUUGCAGCGAGUGCUUACAGAUGAGAAAGCGGCAGCGUCUCAAGCUCGCCAUCCAGCGCUUCAUCGAUCCAACACUGCACCCACCCACACCAAUGGGAAGCGUGACAAUGAGCCCUUGCUGCCCACCCUUCUCAGUGGUAGUGUGCGAGGUGGCAUCCAAAAGGCCAAGCGCACUGAGAAUCGUGAGGUUGACCUUAAAGCUGUGGCACGACUCCACGAGACCAAGUUGAGAAAGGUUCAAAUGCUGGCCGAUCAGAAGAAAGAACUUGAUGCUGCUAUUCACGCACUCCGGAAGCCGAACAGAGAACUCGUCUCCAAGGAUAUUGCAGAAGAUGCUACCAAACGAGUUUCAAGCGGCGGAGGUAGUUCGAGGAAAUCAAAGAACCCAGUGCGUAAUCCAUUCGGCGAGGGCGUCCAAGUAAUGGCAACUCCUCGGGCCAAUCGCAGGAAGGAUCCGAUAGCAGGGCUGCCACCCAUGCCUCGCAGUCUCGUCCCGUCGCGGUCAUUUUCGGGUGUGGAGAACUCCCCUAUCGUCGAGUCCCCUCUCAUGAUUCCUUCCUCAAGUCGACGGGCAAUCUCAUUCUCGGGCGCCGACUCCGAUCCAUUCAAUGCUCGAGAUGAUGGACGAAGCCCUCGGUCAAGCCAACCGGAAGCUGCUGUCCAUGAAACUCCCACCAGGCCCUCUUCCAAAAUCUUCCAGAGUGACACGAUGGCUGCCCGUCGGCCAUCUUCAUCUGGCAAAGGUCUCUUUCGCGUACCCAACCUUCCAGCCCCUCGCUCUUCUGCACAACCAAUGGUUCCAGGAAGUCCAAUUCAUUCACGCCAUACGCCUUUCAUUGCCCCAUCGGAAGGCCCGCCACUGUCAUCUCGACAAUUCAGUCGGUCUCUCAAUAAUGCUCGCUCUUCGGCAAUCAUGGAAACGCCGCCCAAGAAACAUGCGCCACAGAGCAUCUCUACUCCCACUGCCGUUCCAUUCUCUGCUUCACUCAAUGCCAUGGUCGUCGAAAGCCCUCGGGCUCACUCCCCUCCCGCUGUGAUGGGUACACCAGUGAAGGGUGCCGCAGCUGUGCCCGUGACGCCUGAAAAGCCACAGUCAAAAUCAAUUUACGAACAGCUCGGCUGGGAUGACGAGAUGGAGUUCUGA